AUGAAAAAUCUUGUGCUGACUUAUUCGUUCCUCAAGGACGAAGCUACUAGUAUCAACUACAGGGGAUUUCUUUAUUGGGCCGAAAAUAAGCCCCACACUACCUAUGCAGGCCAGUAUGGUGAAGGCAAGGCAAUAGCCCACAAAGCUGGAGUGUGGCCACAACCUCUCGGCCGCACAUGGUGGUGCUACGUUCUGGCUGAUACCGACAUGUUCAUGGCCGCUGAGAAGAGCAACGUACUACCGAUAUCAUUGGGUCGAUUUCCGGAAUUAGCUAAUAGUGAUGCAAGCCGAGUCCUACGGAUGGGUAUGUGCGGCCCAGUGAAGGAGCUUCUUAUUCCCAAAGCUAUGCUAGGAGGCCCGAAAAAAAGUGAUGGCCGCGGCCCGCUACGUCUUGAAUCGAAGUGCUACAACACGUUGAAAAAGAUGAAAGCUGGUUUAGCAAGGAAAGGGUUCCCUGGGAGUCCAAAAGUGAGAUAUCCGGACUUUGAAGGGUAUCAGGCACCGGAGCAAGAAGAAGAUGAUGAUGCGGCGGAGCCGGAAGUUGAAGCUCGGGGCUUGCAAUUAGAGACUCGUAGUGGUGAUAGUAAAGCUGGCAAAAGCUGGAAGAGUACCAAAGUCGACAAAGUUGGCAAAACCAACAAAGGCGACAAAGUUGAUAAGGUUGACAAAGGGAACAAAGGCGGCAAAGCUGGUAAAGCUACUAAAAAUGGCAAGACUAAACCACGAGUUGAGCAUUCUUCAAAUCCCUCUCGUCGCCGAGCCUCAACAACGUCAAGGCCAAUCUCGACUUCGAAUACCGUCAUUGCAGUCAUGGCACAUCUCUUCGAUCUACCCACGGAGCUAGUAGACGUAAUCAUAGAAAAUACCCUCCCUGAAGGUUUUGAGAGUCUCGCAUUGAGCUGCAAAGAUCUUUGGGAUCACUGCAUACCUCACCUGCCGCGUCAUAACUAUUACCGUUCAAAGUACAGGAACUUUUCUUUCAAAGCACCAUGGAAAGAGGACCCCGAUAAUGCCAACAUGAUUUGUCCUGUGGUUGAACUUCUGAUGCGAAUCUCGACCGAACCCAUCAUCGCUCGUUACAUCGAACACGCCAACUUCUCGGAAAAUGAUGUGGAUCUGUCUAUGAGUCUUAUGAGGGUUGUUCGCCUACCAGAAGUCACAUCUGAAGAUCCCUUUGUUGCACUCUUCGCCAAAUCCCAAUACUUACACGACGCUGAUCUUGACUGGAGGCACUAUUACACUGAAAUGGACACGGAGUAUACGCACGAUACAUCUGCUGGAUUUGAUGGAUUUGGUGGGCUCAGCGUUAUCCACGCAACUGAUUUUCUCUUGACGCUCCUACCCAACGUCAAAAUUCUUAUACUGCCAAGACUAUAUACGUCAACACCCUUCACUAGAAAGAUACUUGAGGCUAUUAAUUUACUGGACGUCGUUCUAUUCCUCAAGUUGCCGGCAGUUAAAUCGUGUUUCUUUGGCCCAGGCCCCGCUGGGUCGGGAGUCUUGCCAUUUCAAAAUGAGACUCUCUCAUCUUGGAGGGACCUUGGCCCCGGAUUUGGUAGAAAUCUCGUGACGGUAGACUUGUCCGGCUAUUUUCUUGAAGCCAAACCAAUUUCCCAGUUUCUUCAACAUACGCCACAGCUCAAAGUUUUAGAUUAUGGGCACUCUAGUCGAUAUGAUCGUUAUGGAAAAGAGUGGGAUCUUUGCAAUUUUGUGACGGCAAUCGAGCGAGAGGUGGGCAACCAUCUAGAAGUGCUCUCGAUACGCGUUCUCAACCCUCGUGCUGAACUUUCUCCCGGCGUAAUUUCUUUGUCUGGAUUUCAGCAAUUGCGAAAGUUACAGGUUCCAUUGGAAGUAGUGUCGUGCUAUACAUAUAUGCUAUCACUACAUGAAGAUGAAAUCGAAACAGAAAAUAACGAGCCAGUCCUCUCUGUGCUCGACUUUCUGCCUCCAUCUAUCACGCAUUUGUCAAUAAUUAGUCAUGAUUUAAAGCCCGCAGAAGAACAUCCUUCAUAUGUGGAGUAUAGAACAGGACCCGGAGAUGCGAGAAAUUUGAGAUGCUUGUUCGGUGGAUUUGCUGCGAAAAAGCCGGUCAAAUUACCUGUUCUUGAGGAAGUCAACGUUGUGUGCACGGCACUUGCCUGUGAUUGGUAUAAGCAAGAGUGUGAGAAGCUUGCCAUGGAGUGUCAAAAGUCAGGAACGGUUUUGAAACAGCAUGCUCGUCGGGAGUUAAUGCAUUGGAAUAAGGAGUAUUUGACCUAG